GAGCCGAGCGCUGCUUGUAGGCGGAUCACCCUACAGAGCGGUUUGGCUUUUGAAAUUAUUAUUAUUAUUUUGGGCAGAGGACGGUCGGUCUCCUGCACUCCCUCCUCUCUGCACACGAGGCUGCGAGCCGAAGGUGGGUCGCUCGGAGGGUGGAAUUCCUCCCGGGGUGAGCGAGCCCCGCGUGCGUGUCCCCUCCCUGCCGGCGCCGGGAAAAUGGAGGCUGUGAUCGAGAAGGAAUGCGGCGCGCUCGGAGGCCUCUUCCAGACCAUCAUCAGCGACAUGAAGGGGAGCUAUCCAGUUUGGGAAGAUUUCAUAAACAAAGCAGGAAAGCUGCAGUCCCAGCUUCGGACAACAGUAGUAGCAGCAGCUGCCUUCUUGGACGCCUUUCAGAAAGUGGCUGACAUGGCCACCAACACACGCGGUGGCACCAGAGAGAUUGGAUCUGCUCUCACCAGGAUGUGCAUGAGGCACAGAAGCAUAGAAGCCAAGCUGAGGCAGUUUUCGAGUGCUUUAAUUGACUGUCUGAUCAACCCACUUCAAGAACAGAUGGAAGAAUGGAAGAAAGUGGCCAACCAGCUGGAUAAAGACCAUGCAAAAGAAUAUAAAAAAGCUCGCCAAGAGAUAAAAAAGAAGUCCUCUGAUACGCUGAAACUGCAGAAGAAAGCAAAAAAAGUGGACGCUCUCGGGAGAGGUGAUAUCCAGCCUCAGUUGGACAGCGCUCUCCAAGAUGUCAACGAUAAAUAUCUCUUGUUGGAGGAAACAGAAAAGCAGGCAGUCCGGAAAGCUUUGAUUGAAGAACGUGGCCGAUUCUGCACCUUCAUCUCUAUGCUGCGGCCAGUGAUUGAAGAAGAAAUCUCAAUGCUAGGGGAAAUAACCCACCUUCAGACCAUAUCAGAAGAUCUAAAAAGCCUGACCAUGGACCCUCACAAACUUCCCUCCUCAAGUGAACAGGUGAUUUUGGACUUGAAAGGCUCUGAUUACAGUUGGUCGUAUCAGACUCCACCCUCUUCCCCCAGCACCACCAUGUCCAGAAAGUCAAGUGUCUGUAGCAGCCUGAACAGUGUCAACAGCAGCGACUCCCGGUCCAGCAGCUCCCACUCACAUUCCCCCAGCUCGCAUUACCGCUACCGCAGCUCCAACCUGGCCCAGCAGGCGCCCGUCAGGCUGUCCAGCGUGUCCUCCCAUGACUCGGGAUUCAUAUCCCAGGACGCCUUCCAGUCCAAGUCACCAUCCCCCAUGCCACCAGAGGCCCCCAACCAGAACUCGUCCAGCUCGGCCUCCUCUGAAGCCUCCGAAACCUGCCAGUCAGUGAGCGAGUGCAGCUCCCCCACCUCUGUCAGCUCAGGCUCCACCAUGGGCGCCUGGGCGUCCACCGAGAAGUUGUCUAACGGGUUUUCUCACUAUAGUUUAUCGAGUGAGUCCCAUGUGGGGCCCGUGGGUGCAGGCCUUUUCCCUCACUGCCUGCCUGCCUCCCGCCUGCUCCCUCGGGUCACCUCUGUCCACCUUCCAGACUACGCUCAUUAUUACACCAUUGGGCCCGGCAUGUUCCCGUCAUCUCAGAUCCCUAGCUGGAAGGACUGGGCUAAGCCAGGACCCUAUGACCAACCUCUGGUGAACACCCUCCAGCGCCGCAAAGAGAAGCGCGAGCCUGACCCCAGCACGGGAGGACCCACUGCCACGGGCGGCCCGCCAACAGUUGCUGAGGAGGCCCAGAGACCGCGGAGCAUGACCGUGUCAGCUGCCACCAGGCCUGGUGAGGAGAUGGAGGCUUGUGAGGAGCUGGCCCUGGCCCUGUCACGAGGCCUCCAGCUUGACACACAGAGGAGCAGCCGGGACUCGCUUCAGUGCUCCAGCGGCUACAGCACCCAGACGACCACCCCGUGCUGCUCUGAGGACACCAUCCCCUCUCAAGUUUCAGAUUAUGAUUAUUUCUCUGUAAGUGGUGACCAGGAGGCAGAUCAGCAGGACUUCGACAAAUCCUCCACCAUUCCAAGAAACAGUGACAUCAGCCAGUCCUACCGACGAAUGUUCCAAGCCAAGCGCCCAGCCUCGACUGCUGGCCUCCCCACCACCCUCGGACCUGCUAUGGUCACCCCAGGGGUUGCAACCAUCCGUCGGACCCCUUCCACCAAGCCUUCUGUCCGCCGGGGGACCAUCGGAGCUGGUCCCAUCCCCAUCAAGACACCUGUGAUCCCUGUCAAGACCCCAACCGUCCCAGACCUCCCUGGGGUGUUGCCAGUCCCUCCAGAUGGGCCAGAGGAGCGGGGUGAGCACAGCCCAGAGUCACCAUCUGUGGGCGAGGGCCCCCAGGGUGUUACCACCAUGCCCUCCUCAAUGUGGAGUGGCCAAGCCUCUGUCAACCCUCCACUUCCAGGCCCAAAGCCCAGUAUCCCAGAGGAGCACAGACAAGCGAUUCCAGAAAGUGAGGCUGAAGACCAGGAAAGGGAUCCCCCAAGUGCCACUGUCUCCCCAGGCCAGAUUCCAGAGAGCGACCCUGCAAACCUGAGCCCAAGAGAUACUCCCCAAGGAGAAGACAUGCUGAACGCCAUCCGAAGGGGCGUGAAACUGAAGAAGACCAUGACGAAUGAUCGCUCAGCCCCUCGCUUCUCUUAGGCUUUCUUAGGCUCACAAGAAAUGCUGCCAGUGGGGAAUGAACUGUUUAAUUAAUAAAACCUAAUUUGUCUUGAUCCAUUCCAAUCUAUACUCAAACACAAGAUUUUGUAGGCAACUCAGAAUACAGCUUUUGAAAGUACUCGACACCGCUAGAUAAGAAUUAAAAGCAACAUAUGUAACUGACGUAAUCUUGAUCUUUUAAUUUGUAAAUACUGACAAUUUUCUUUCUGCACAUUUUAAUCUUAGUUUCCCUUUUGAUUUUUCUGAAGGUGC